CCUCACAUGCCAUUUUUUCUCUAGGCUAGUAACAAAUCCUGACAGGAAAAACGAGCAAACAAGCAAAACUAUCACAUCAAACUGUGGGCUUUGUUGGAGGACUUGCAUACAUGUCAGCGUAAGUGGGUAAAAGACACCAAAGAAGAAGAAAACCUAGAAGAUCAAAAAGUUAAAUGUUUGGACCAAGGCAUACUGAAAAGAUGACGUUGAUGAUACAGAUAAUGUUAAUAAUACUAGUUGUAAAUGUGGCAGCUACUUCUGUGCUUGGCUCCAAAAUGGACCUUAAACAUGGAUUUGACACUGGUUGUGCCAGACUGAUUGGCACAUGCUGUGAAGUUGUAUUUGGGGCCACGAAAAUUCCCUCUAACAUCUCUAACAACACCCAGUGCCUGCAAGUUAAGCAAACACAGAUCAGAGAGAUUCAACAGCACGCCUUCAUCCACCUCCAAAACCUCAGGAAAAUUGCUAUAGUGAGGAAUGGCAUGCUGCAGAGCAUUGGUACAUCUACCUUUGCCAGUCUCGCUCAUCUUACUGACAUCUUCAUAUCUGAAAACAUUGCUUUGGAGAGUAUAAAAGCUUUUGCAUUCUCUGAUCUCCCAGAGCUUACUGAAAUAGAGAUAACCAAGUCAAAACACCUAAGAUUCAUCCACCCAGAUGCUUUCAGGAACAUUAUGAACCUACGUCGUUUGACCAUCUCUAACACUGGCCUGAGAAUUUUUCCAAACCUCUCCAAGAUCCACUCCUUGGCCCAGCGCUUUCUGUUCGACCUUCAUGACAACAUCUACUUAGAGGUUGUCCCUGCAAAUGCCUUCAAAGGCCUCUGCACACAAACAAUUGAAGAGAUACGGCUCACCAGAAAUGGCAUCAAGGAGGUGGCAAGUGGCGCCUUCAACGGAACAAAGAUGUACAGAUUGCUCCUCAGAGACAACAAACAGCUUACUCACAUCAGUCCCAAUGCCUUUGUGGGUUCCAGUGAGUUGGUGGUACUGGACAUCUCUCAAACAGCAAUCAGUUUUCUACCAGUCUCCAUCCUUGGUGGUCUCAAAAAUCUGUUUGCAAAGUCUGCCUAUCAGCUGAAAGAACUUCCUCCUCUGCAGCACUUUACCAAUCUGCACUUAGCCAAUCUGACAUACCCAUCACACUGCUGCGCCUUUCAAAAUGUGCACAGAAACAGAUCAAGGUGGAAUCCACUGUGUGACCUCCCCAAAGCAAGGGAUAUGACUCCCUUCUUCAGGGACCACUGUACAAACUCCACUUUUGUCACCUGCACCCCAACACCUGACAACUUCAACCCUUGUGAAGAUAUCAUGUCCCCUGUUCCCUUAAGGGUCCUUAUCUGGAUCAUCUCUGUCCUCGCCCUGCUGGGCAACGCAAUGGUUCUUCUUGUACUCUUAGGCAGCCGCUCCAAGCUGACUGUUCCUCGUUUCCUCAUGUGCCACUUGGCCUUUGCUGACCUCUGCAUGGGCAUCUACCUGGUAGUCAUAGCAACUGUAGACAUGCUCACGCAUGGACGGUACUACAACCAUGCCAUUGACUGGCAGAUGGGGCUUGGCUGUAGUGCAGCAGGCUUUUUCACGGUGUUUGCCAGUGAGCUGUCAGUGUUCACAUUAACAGCCAUUGCUGUGGAGCGCUGGCACACCAUCACACACGCUCUGCGGCUUGACCGUAAGCUUCGCCUGAGGCACGCUUGUAUCAUCAUGACAGCUGGUUGGAUCUUCUCCUCGCUGGCUGCUUUACUGCCCACAGUUGGGGUCAGCAGUUACAGCAAAGUGAGUAUCUGCCUGCCAAUGGAUGUGGAGUCUGUGGUCUCACGGGUCUAUGUGGUUUCCCUACUUCUUCUUAACAUCCUGGCCUUCUUCUGUGUGUGCGGCUGUUACCUCAGCAUCUACUUGACUUACCGCAAGCCUCCAUCUCCGCCAGCCCACGCCGACACCCGCGUGGCUCAGCGCAUGGCCAUCCUCAUCUUCACCGACUUCGUCUGCAUGGCUCCAAUCUCCUUUUUUGCCACCUCGGCUGCCCUGAAGCUCCCUCUCAUUACUGUCUCGGACUCCAAACUCUUGUUGGUCCUUUUCUACCCCAUCAACUCAUGCUCCAACCCCUUCCUGUACGCCUUCUUCACUCGCACCUUCAGACGGGACUUCUUUCUCCUUGCGGCUCGCUUUGGCCUGUUUAAGACUCGGGCACAAAUUUAUCGAACAGAAACUUCCUCCGGUCAGCAGCUAACAUGGACCUCUUCAAAGAGCAGCCGUGUGAUGUGCUCUUUGGCAAAUACUCUAAGUCUAGAUGGGAAGCAAGAGUGCUGACUGUCAACCAAACAUCCAAAGAUAAAAACAUUUACAACAGUGUAUUCCUCCCAACGUAUGACAGCAUUAUGGCAGUUUGUAAUGGAAACUUUAAGAAAGUUUAAGAAAUGAAUGCUAAAUUCUGUUUCAGUUCAUCACUUGUGAUUUAGAUAAGUUAGUCUUCAUAUCUCCAGUGAAUUACUACUUCAAAUCUUCAUAGAUGAUACAGAGUUUCAGGCUCAGUCUUGUUUUGAAUUACUUAAGUGUUUCACCUCUGAUCAGCAACAACACAAGGCAUCCAGUCUCUGAUGCUCAAUUUAGAUCAUGUAUCCCCUGUAAAAUACUAUCAAAUGAGAACUAUUGCAAUUAAAACACAAGAACUGCAGAUAAUUGUAGGAAAUCUGGGUCAUAUAGCUGUCCUAGAUAUCCUUAUGUUUGUUGUAAGUUGUUUGAAGUGCCAGAUGGGUGCAUAUUCCACCAACAUUUUAUAAGCAGAAGAGUAGAAGAAGUUGUAAAAUUGAUGACUUCAUCCAUCGGCUUGUGCAACAAACAGCAUCGAGUCGGUAUCCC